AUGGGAGCCCCAGCUGUCCUCCUCGCUGUGGCCCUGGCCACCCUCCUGGCUCCAGCAUCAGGGGCACCCGUCCGCCAGCAGGCCUCCCGGAACAAGCUGCUCCUGGUAUCCUUCGACGGUUUCCGCUGGAACUAUGACCAGGACGUGGACACCCCCAACCUGGAUGCCAUGGCACUGGAUGGGGUGAAAGCUCGCUACAUGACCCCAGCCUUCAUCACCUUGACGAGCCCCUGCCACUUCACUCUGGUCACUGGCAAAUACGUCGAGAACCAUGGGGUGGUUCACAACAUGUUCUACAACACAAGCAGCAAGCUGAAGUGGCCCUACCACACCACACUGGGCAUCGAGAAAUGGUGGGACAACGGCAGCUUGCCCAUCUGGAUCACCGCCCAGAGGCAGGGCCUGAAGACCGGUUCCUUCUUCUACCCCGGCGGGAAUGUCACCUACCAAGGCGAGGCCGUGACGCUGAGCCGGAAGCAAGGCAUCCUACACAACUACAAGGACGAGGCGGAGUGGAGGGCCAACAUCGACACGGUGAUGAAGUGGUUCACGGACGAGGGCCUGGACCUGGUCACCCUCUACUUCGGAGAGCCGGACUCCACCGGCCACAGGUACGGCCCCGAGUCCCAGGAGAGGAAGGAGAUAGUGAUGCAGGUGGACAGGACCGUGGGCUACCUCCGGGACAGCAUCAGGAAGAGCGGCCUGGAGAGCAGCCUCGACCUGCUCAUCGUGUCCGACCACGGCAUGACCACCGUCAACAAGACGGCCAGCGACCUGGUGGAGUUCCACAAGUUCUCCAACUUCAGCUUCAAGGACAUUGAGUUCGAGCUCCUAGACUACGGGCCAAACGGGAUGCUGCUCCCCAAGGAAGGAAUGCUGGAGAAGGUGUACGAGGCCCUCAAGGACGCCCACCCCAAACUCCACGUCUACAAGAAGGAGUUCUUCCCCAAAUCCCUCCACUACGCCAACCACUCCCGGAUCACCCCUCUGCUUAUGUUCAGCGACCCAGGUUACGUCAUCCACGGGAGAGUGAACGUGCAGUUCAACAACGGGGAGCACGGCUUCCACAAUGAGGUCAUGGACAUGAAGACCAUCUUCCGGGCCGUGGGCCCCAGCUUUAAGAAGGGCCUGGAGGUGGAGCCCUUCGAGAGUGUCCACGUGUACGAGCUCAUGUGCAAACUGCUGGGCAUCGUGCCAGAGGCCAACGAUGGGCUCCUCAGUACCCUACUGCCUAUUCUCCAGGAGACCACCACGACCCCCUCAGGGUCUGCUCUCCUGCCAAGUGGCUGGCCUCCCUUGGUGAUGGGACUGCUGGUGGCUGCAGCUCUCCUGGUUGAGGUCGCAUAA